GGAAAUUUUAUUGUCAAUGAGAAAGCGGGCGCCGCCGACAACACACGAGAGAGACGGGGGCACGGAGCGCGCAUACAGCGGUGAUAUCAGUUACCGAACAUCUCACGAGACAAACCAGGGACGUCUGAAAGAGUCGCACGGCGGGCACAGGACGCGACACUUGUCAGUGGGGAUUAUUAAUUAUAGGUUCCUGCGCGUGAACUCUAACCGGUGUCUCAGAUGCGUGUGGAGCUUGCGGUCCUCGCCGAGGGCACGGAUUCCAUCGCGCGCGGGUGAACCAUGCGGUGGCUGUGGAUAUUAACUUUGGCCGUCACUUUAAACAAAGUGGUGUGCGGAGCGCGGUUCUCUCAGGAGCCGGCUGACCAGGCGGUGGUGCUGGGGGAACGGGUCAUCCUGUCCUGUGUCGUCUUCAACUACACCGGCAUCGUGCAGUGGACCAAGGACGGCCUGGCCCUGGGCAUCGGAGAGGACCUGCGGGCCUGGCCACGGUACCGUGUGUUAAGAGUGGUGGACGUUGGUCAGUAUAAUCUGGAGAUCACCUCAGCACAGCUGUCUGAUGACUCCCUCUACGAGUGCCAGGCCACCCGAGACAAGCCCACGGUCAUUCUGUCCAUAGAGCCACGGUCAGUGCUGGGGGGAGAGAGAGUCACCUUCACCUGCCAGGCCACAGCCAACCCACCUAUCAUGGGCUACAGUGUGAUGUGUGAGGUGUGGGCCUGGAAGGAGAACGUUCUGGAGAAGGAGAGGGGCACUCUACUGGAACGCUACACAGUGGAGCAGAGCAAAGCUGUACCACAGGGGGGCGCUGUUCUCUCCACACUCACCAUCACCAGCGUCAUAGAGGCCGACUUCCAAGCUGUUCCAGUGGGCAUCACGCUGGAGGGACCGGGCCGGCUCCUCACCGCUGCUGCUCCUUCCUCACCUGGCCUCUACCUGCACCAGCCAAACUGGAGCCACCGGGGCGUGGCGCUGAAGCCGGACAUUAAGGUGGAGACGGUUAACAAGGAGACACACAGCCUGGAGGAGGAGCCUGUCAACGUUUCCACGACGACUCGCAUGGUCAAGGCCAUGUACUCUCCCUUCAAGGAGCACAUGGAGCUCAAGCCUGACACACACACCGAAACACACACACCGCAGAGCGAGGAGUACGAGCUCAAGGACCCGACCAACGGCUACUACAACGUCCGUGCGACGCCCCAAGAUGAGACUCACCCGUCGUCUCGCUCGCUGCUCUAUCAGGAGUUCCGCCCAGUCAACCCCCCACCAGCCGCCCCGGCAACCGCCAUCCCGGCAACCAACCGCAGCCUCGCCCCCAUUGGCCGCUAUGAGGUCCGCCCACAGUCCCGCCUCUCCCACCCCGGAUACUCCCACUUUAACACGGUUGCCCGGGCAACGCAGAGCAAAGCCCCGCCCAGCACAGACUUUAGUGGAGACUGCGGCCUUCUGACCUCCACCAAUCAGGUGGCCUAUGACAGCUACGCCUACCCAACCAGCUCGCAGUACACCCAGUACAGGCUGGGCUUUGCCCCGCCCCUGGAGGAAGGGCCAGCCUAUGAGAUGUACCCUACAGGACAAGGGGCGGGACAAGGCGUGGCCUCCGAGCAGCCAUCGGCCAAAUACGGAAGUGCCGCCCAUUUCCCAUACAAUACCCCGCCCACUGAACACUCACAAAAACACACCCAGAGGAUGCAGACACACGUGUGAGACACACACACACACACACACAUAUAUAUAUAUAUAUAUAUAAAUACACCGCCCUACAAUAUAUACACACACAUACACACAUAUGUACCACCAAGCAAAGUACUUACAUAAUCAUUCCAAAAUGAUCAAAUUGAAUGCUUUCAUACAAACACACACACAGGCACGCACACACACACACAGGCACGCACACACACACAGAGACACACACACACACACAGACACACACACAGACACACACACAUGCACACGCACACACACACACAGAGCUGGAGCACUGCUCUUGGCCUCCGGACCUCCAGAUCAUCCGAUGGCAAAUGAAGACAUUUUGAGCUGGAUGACCGUUGUGGACUUCAGCAAAGGACUGCUCUCAUGCAGCAAUGUAUUUGUGUUCCUGUGACCGUGUGUUUAUGUGUGCAUGUUUCUAUCAGUGAAUGUGUGUGUGUGUGUUUGUGUGUGUUGAGGAUGAGACAGUGAGAAAAGAAUUGUGUGUAUUUGGAUACGGCUGUGAGAGAGCUGGGUGUGUGUGUGAGGUUAUGUCCGCUGUAGCGUUUGUUAAAGAUGAUGGACCAGGGUCUUACGCAGCAUGUCCACUAGGUGGGGGUCAUGCUUGCAAACCAGGCACAGCUCAUUUAGGUCAUCAGUGUUGACCUGUUCUGCACUCUGAUUGGCCACUAGUCGGCAUCGGUGAGCUCUGCAACACCAGUCGUGUGUUGUCAUUGGUCAGAGUCACACCAGUCCUGUGGUGUCAUUGGACAUGUCAGAGUCAGAGACUAAAGGAGAGAGUGGAGUGACCGCCUCUAGGUAUCGUCAAAGGACACUGGCCAGCCUGCUGUACCCAAGGGAGGGUACAUCUGUGUGUGGAUGGUGUGUAUGUGUGUGUGUGUGUGUGUGUGUGUGUGUGUGUGCACCACCCCUGGGACGUGGUCAAUCUAAAACCACGCUGCAGUGUUUAGCGAUGUGCAACAGGCGUUAAGGUGCGUUCUGUUGUGUGUUGUGUUUGGUGGCUGGGUUAGAGGUGCCAGUCUACUGCCAUCUACAGGUGGAAGAUGAGUAGGACAAGUGGGGAAGAAAUGAAACGUAUUUACACUUUGUCUCCAACAAAGCAAACACACACUUCAUCAGGCUCGAGAAACACACACACACACACACUCCUCAACGCGGUUUAUGUUGAAACAAAUGCUUUUUGCUUUUGUCAGGACUGAAUGCAACCCAGACUAGUGCAGUAGUUAGUCACGACUAAGGUCACAGAGAUGCUGAUGAUUAACCCAGACUAGUGCACUAGUGAUGUGAUGAUUAACCCAGGCUAGUGCACUAGUGAUGAAUAACCCAGGCUAGUGCACUAGUGAUGAGUAACCCAGACUAGUGCACUAGUGAUGUGAUGAUUAACCCAGACUAGUCCACUAGUGAUGAGUAACCCAGACUAGUGCACUACUCCAUGGUGAUUAACCCAGACUAGUCCACUAGUGAUGAGUAACCCAGACUAGUGCACUAGUGAUGAUUAACUCAGACUAGUGCACUAGUGAUGAUUAACCCAGACUAGUGCACUACUCCAUGGUGAUUAACCCAGACUAG